GUCGAGGAUUACCACGCUCUAAUUCAUACACAGUGGAAGCUACAUCUACCAGCAGUAAGGAACAUGAACCUAUCAGACCAGAUUUGUCAGGUAACAUGUUAUCUCCUAAAGAAGACAGGGGCAUUAAGGGAGUGCAGCAAGAAGCCAACUGUUCUUUUACAGUCAACCAAAACUCAGUAGUGGUUAAAACAGAAGUGCCUGACACAGGCUAUGGAGACAUGUCCAGCGUUGAGCCGCCGCACACAUCCUCCGUGUCUAUAGUCAUACCUGCUGCUCCUUGUGUUCCUCUAGUGAAAGAUGAGCC